CAUCCGAUGACAUUGAUUCGUCUUCUUGCAGUUAUCAAUGAAGAUAUAUUAAUUAUAAUUUUAACUGUGUUAAAUUUGAAAAAAAUGACAGUUCAUGUACUAUUGGAAUCAGUUUCAGAUGAAGAG